ACGUUCGGGUAAAUUCGCAGCGCAGGUCGUGAAAGACAGUGCACUUGAGAAAGCCCAUCGCAGGCUGUCUCGACGUGUAUGUUUUGAACAAUUUGCAACAUGUUAAUGAGUUUUUACCAGAUUUUAAUUAAAAAUUCAUGCAGUGUGUUCAGUAUACGAAAGAAAAUUAAUAGUACAAGACAUUUACCCUCUUGAUUAAGUAUUUCUGUUAGUAUCAAUUGUGCUAUAAGGAAAGUGAAGAACGAUGCCAGGCAAAGGAGGUAGAAGGCGAAAAUCCGGUCAUGCUGGAAAAAGAGCUGAGCUAACAUCUGAUGAAGAUUCGAUUAAUAAUGAUGCAUGCAGUGUAUCCAGUAGUCAAUCUGACAAUCGCAGCAUGUUAGAUGAUGUGAAUGAUAAUGAGGUCGAUGAAUUCGUGCAGCAAGAAGCAUUCGAGGAGAAACUGAAGGAAGCGAUUGACGGUUUAACACAGAAGAGUGCAAAGGGCAGAACAAUUUGCUUCAAAGGAAUGGAAAAAAUCUUUGCCAUCAAGUACAUUCCAGAUUUCGUAGAGGAUAGGAAAAUGACCAUCACAGAUUCAGUGGAGCGGGGUUUGAAAAAGGGCCGUGGCGAAGAACAAUCUACAGCAGCCAGAUUAAGUACCUUGCUUUGUGUUCAACUGGGAGCUUUCGAAAGCGCAGAGGUAGUCUGUCGUGACUUGAAAAGUACUUUGACUCUUAUCGCCAGUGACACCACGGCUUCCACACAAGCGCGUUCAGAGUGUUGUUGGGCUCUAAGCAUGAAUCAAUUCUUAUCGGGCAAUGACGCGACCGCCACUAUGGAAAUCGUGCAAUUACUGUCUACUAUCUUUUCUGGUUCUUACCUAAAAGGGAAUGGUGCUAUAGCGACUAUAUCUGUGGAGGUUGCAGCGUUACAUUCUGCGGCUAUAUCAGCGUGGACACUUCUUUUAACAGUAAUGCCCCCAGCUGAUAUAUAUAACUUGCUUGCGAGCGAUAGAACCAAUAGUCACAUGCCGUCCCUGAAUAGAUUAUGCGAGUUACUAGAAUCACCGCAUUUGGACAUAAGAUUAUCGGCUGGCGAGGCCCUAGCUGUAAUAUUCGAACUGGGUCGCGAUUUCUCUUGUGAUUACGAGCAAGAUUGGUCGUUAGAUCUAAUUGAGGUACUAAAAGAACUGGCUACGGAUUCGAACAAGUACAGAGCAAAAAAAGAUCGCAAACAACAGAGAGCUAAUUUCAGAGACAUACUUCGUUACAUAGAUGAAGACAUUGUACCAGAAAUGCAUGUAAAAUUUGGUCAAGAAAUUCUGUAUUUAGAAGGAUGGUGUGCACGAACUCAGUACAACGCAUGCUGUAGAUUGCUUGGUCCAGGUAUAAAUAUUCAUCUUGCAGAAAAUCAACUUCUGCGCGAAAUCUUUCAUCUUGGUAACAAAGUUUUACCGAUACCAUUAAAUCAGAAAACGAGUAAAUUAGAAAGAACAUUGAUGAAUGCUGCUGCAUUUAAGGCACGUACUAUUCAACGUAAUAAAAACCGGGAUAAACGAUCGGCAGCCUUGGCACCGUGAUUCUUCAACUUUCUGCUUUUAUACGCUAGAUAAUUUUUUUUUCAAAUAAGAAACACGAUUAAAUUUUUUAUUUAUUAUAACCAUUCUAUAAGGACAUUAGAAAACUUAUUGCAUACUAUUCUCCACGAUAAUCUAUUUUAAAUUGUAAAUAGAGAUGAACAAAAAAACUGUUAUACUUCAAAAUGUCAUUUAAAUUGGGUAGAUAGAAAAUUUGUUUGAACUUGUUCUUAAUUACAGUCGAAUGUUGUUUAAUACUAUUUCAAUUCUGUAUAUACAAUAUUAAAAUAUGUACAUGCUACAAAACUGCUUAGUAUCUAUUAUACUUGUUUUUCUCUAUUGAAUUUAAUGAUUAUUGUUAUGUUAGUAUAAUUUUGUAAAAUUUACGGUAUAAAAAUAAUUUUUUUCUAAUUUUAAUGAUUGAAUUAUUAUCGAUUAUUUUAACUUCUGUAAUAUUUAGAAUGUACACAAAAUUAUACGCUAAAUAUUUGUAUUAGAUGUAACUAUUUAAAUAAGUUAUGUUAUUAAGAAUCGAUAUAUACAAAUAUAUGAAUUGGCAUUGUACAUAAUUACAUAAGUUAUGAAAUAUAGGAUAGGAAUUCUUCAUUAUAUAUUAUAUUGAUAAAAUAAAGUGGAGAUACUUGCAA